GUGGUUACUGGUAAAGGUUGUGGAGAUUUUUUUUUAUACGAAAACUCCUCAGGACAGGUCUGUUUCGUGUCAGAAACCAAUUUAAGGGCAGAAGGCGGUGGGAGGACGAUACAACAGCACAUCUAAGGUUUUGGAUUCGGCAUUUGAAGGAGAGCUAGGAAACUACGCGAAUGGCAGACAUACGAAAGAAACUUGUGGUGGUAGGGGACGGAGCAUGUGGGAAAACGUGUCUCUUGAUUGUAUUCAGCAAAGACGAGUUUCCAGAGGUAUAUGUGCCGACUGUGUUUGAGACAUAUGUGGCGGACAUAGAAGUAGAAAACAAGCAAGUCCAGCUAGCUUUGUGGGAUACAGCUGGACAAGAGGACUACGACCGACUGCGCCCUCUCUCCUACCCCGACACUGAUGUCAUUCUCAUGUGUUUCUCCGUGGACAGCCCGGACUCGUUGGAAAACAUCCCCGAAAAGUGGGUCCCUGAAGUCAAACACUUUUGCCCUAAUGUGCCAAUCAUAUUAGUGGCCAACAAAAAGGAUCUACGCAACGACGAGAAUAUCAAGAACGAGUUGUCUCGGUUGAAGCUGGAGCCUGUGAAAGCGGAGGACGGCCGCGCCAUGGCCAUGCGCAUUGGCGCAUAUGACUAUUUGGAGUGCUCUGCGAAAACCAAGGAGGGAAUAUGGGAAGUGUUCGAAACUGCAACACGUGCAGCCCUACAAAAACGAAGAACACCACCAAGUGGAUGUCUGCAAUGCUGCGUUUUGAUGUGAAUCAACCCUGUCUGGAGGGCUUUGACGUGCAGACAAAACGUUUCCUUCCACUGGGGUCUGUGUCUGGACAUGUGCGGUCUAUGACCGUUGUUUGGACCCUCCCUUGUAAUCAGACGCCCUUGACUGAACUAAAACCAAUGACUACCAACAAGUUGUUUUGAGCACACUCAAAUAUCAUCUGAUAGUGGGGUGUAUAUGAGUGUGAAAUGCAGUGGUUACAACAUGCUCUUUGUGGGUCGCAUGAUCCCAGUCUGACUAGUGGAGGACUAAAAAGAACAAACCACAAAUCGUUUUAUUACACUGGGAGACUUUUCAUCCCCUCUCCUGUGGACAUGGCCUUAUCUAAGGCCUUGUUGCCAACCAAGACUUCAGCUGAUCUCUUCUGUAUUCUAAGUGUUGGGAUUGGCCACAGCCUUAAUUAAAUGCCACACUUUGUUAAAGCGGCAAAGCAAAAACAUUGCACUGUAAUUUAUGUCCAUUUAGUGUUAUUACAUGACUGUUUUAAGUUUGUGAAAUUCCACAGUAUUUGAUCAGAACAAUAUUUAGCAGAAAUCACUUCCUGUAGUGUUCUAAGUUUCAGGUGAAAUUGUAUGCCACUUUUUAACUAUACAACGCACAGCUAAGUCUACAGCUAUUUGAAAAUCAUUUUUGAAAGCCAAAUCUUAAACGAUUGUUUUCAAUCACGCAGUGAUAAAUGUCCUGUUUAUAGAUGUAAACCCAGACACAUCUCAGAGUCUUGAAAAGGGCUAAAUGCAUUGCCAUGAAAUAAGAAUUGCUUUUUUUUUGUAAGAAUGAUUUUUUUUUAUGCUCAACUGUGGUCAAAUUGACAGCUAGACCUUACAACUCACUUGUACCAAAUCAUUUGAAGCACAUACAGUCAUUAGUUUCAGAGACUGAUGCAUCUCAGCUGUGACUUGAAAGACCAGCUUGACAUCCUAUAUUUAGCUACAGGUUGUUUUGCAGUUAAACAGCCAAUGUUAUGAGUGAUUUGCUCACUUCUGUUAAGAAACCUCUGCAUUUGAACAAACAGCACAUGCUUAUUAGGGAUUAAGCCAUCUGAUGGCAUUUUUUUCUUGACUUUUAGGCUUUUAUGGUGGGUUAUUGAUUACAUUGUCUUAUAGCAGUUACACAAACUUAAACAAGAGAGGUUUAAAAACUAAAUGUGAACUAGUAGAUUUUUUUUGAAGCUGUAAAUCAGAAUUACAGUUAGCUGAGAUAGUCACUUAAUAUGAAUUUCAAUGUCUUCCGUUAUGACUGUGAAUGUACCUGAGAUUUUUUUUAGAUAGAAACUUUAAGGGGACAUAGAUUGAUGUGUUUGAGUUAACCUUUCAUAGAUGUAAAAUAAGUUCAAUUCACCCAUAUAAGUAUUGUGUAACUCUGCUCUUGCAUGGUGCUGGGAGUGCUUGUUGAAGUAACAGCAAUGAACAUCAAUUACAUACACUGUUGCUACACUGGUUAUCCAGGGUAAAACCCUGUUGGAUUUACUGUUCUAGUUGUUCUUUUAAUUGUCUCCUAAAACCAAAAAAGAAUGAUUUUAAACAUGUAUUUCUCCUUUUCUCAAGCAAUGAACCACAGUGAAGAUACUUUAAGUUUAAAAUGUUCAUGCUUUAUAAAUCUACCCAGAGUUACGAUGCUGUAAAAGUCACAUUCCCCUCUGCCCUCUGUUGCUGGGUGUUUUUUUUUUUUUUUUUUUUUUUUUUUUUUGCUGACUUACAGGACAGGAAUGCAUUGUGCUGGACUGGUUAAUUUUCCCACACUGGCCCCCCUCAUGUGCCUCUGAUUUGCAAUGCUGUUACACAGACUAGACGUUGCAGUUUUCUUCUUCUUUAUGUGGCUAAAACCUGGUGAAGGAAGACACUGGAUGUGCUGAAGCAUUGUGUUUGUAAGAGACUUUCUAUGGUAGAAUGGUACAUUUGAAACAGUGGAAAAUUUGUGAGGAAAAACGAUACAGAGUGUAAAAGAACAAGUGGUUCUGUUCUGGAAACGCCAAUAAAAAGAAAUCAAUGCUUGUCUA